UCUAUACAUCCAGAUUAGCCACAACACUUAUCUUAAAUUUUUUUAAAAGUUAAGAUCCUCUACUAUACAGACCGAAGUAUAGGGCUUUUUAUCAUGACUUGUUCGAUUCAAGAUGUGCUAAAGCACUAUGAGUACGAUCCCUCUAUAGUUCAGCGCGUUGGGAAGCGCACAUUCGAGAAGCUUCCUCUGCAAAUUGAGCCACCAGAUCCUGCCUGGCCACAGCAGUUCCAGACCCUCAAAUCUAUCAUUCAGGAAGCCCUCGGUCAUAAAGCCUUAAGCAUCAGCCAUGUCGGGUCGACUGCCGUACCUAACCUACCGGCUAAGGCUAUUAUCGACAUUGACCUGACGGUCCCCGAUCCGACCGCUGAAGCCACCUACAUCCCAGCCCUAGAGUCUAAAGGUUUCCAGUUCCUAACGCGUGAACCUACGUGGCAUGAGCACCGCUUCUUUAAUACGAACAAUCCUUACUACUGCAACUUACAUGUAUUUGCACAUGGAACGGCCGAAUUAGUCAGGCAUCAAAUUAUGAAAGAAUGGCUUACUACGCACGAGGACGACAGAGAGCUAUAUGCACGAACGAAGAUGGAAGCGAUGGAAAAGAGUAACUUACUUGGAGAGACAGUAAUGCAGUAUAAUUUCCGGAAACAACAGGUUAUUCGAGAAAUUUUAGAGAGAGCUUUUAGGGCUCAGGGAUUUCUUAAGGAGAAUAAAAAUUAAUGAUUCUAUUAUCAUUAGUGUCUAGUUUUAUAGACUUGCUAAUGAUAACAAUAAUGAUGUUUUAACUUUGUUGUUUAGGCUAGAUAGGCAUUUAGUUUAAUCACUUUUCGGCGAUGAUGCCUUAGCCAUGCUCUCUACUGGUACGGAUUGUGUCCGAUUCAGGGAAGUAGUUAUCACAUUGCGAAACUCUGCAAUAGAGUGUCCUGAGAGCUACUUUCAGUCAU